GUUCGUGGCUUAUAUCUUACUACUUCCAACUUACCGUCUGGGAGUCAGAGCAGAUUUUUCUGCUUUUCACGCUGCAUCAACAGCGACCUCUCACCGUAAUAAUGGAAUGCAGCGGGGAGUCCAGGGCACUCUUUCCUGGUAGCGUCAAAGCUCUGCUGGACUCCGUUGAAGCUUUUCUCUUCGAUUGCGAUGGCGUCAUUUGGAAGGGCGACAAGCUCAUUGAAGGAGUGCCUCAGACAUUGGAGAUGCUCCGUGCCAGGGGGAAGAAGAUUGUCUUCGUCACAAACAACUCAACAAAAUCAAGAAAGCAAUAUGCAAAAAAGUUCCAUUCGCUUGGACUUGUGGUUAGCGAGGAUGAGAUCUUCUCGUCAUCGUUCGCUGCAGCCAUGUUCUUGAAAACCACAGACUUCCCUCGAGAGAAAAAGGUUUAUGUGAUUGGAGAGGAAGGCAUACUGGAAGAGCUUCAACUCGCUGGUUUCACAUGUCUUGGUGGUCCUGAAGACGGGGACAAGAGGGCACAGCUGAAACCAAAUUGUCUCUUUGAACAUGAUGCAACUGUUGGAGCAGUUGUGGUUGGACUUGACCAGUACAUCAAUUACUACAAGCUCCAGUAUGGAACUUUAUGCAUCCGUGAGAAUCCUGGGUGCCUCUACAUUGCUACCAAUCGUGAUGCAGUUGGCCAUAUGACUGAUCUGCAAGAAUGGCCUGGUGCUGGAUGUAUUGUUGGUGCCAUUUGUGGAUCCACUAAGAAGGAGCCAAUUGUGGUUGGAAAACCAUCGACAUUCAUGAUGGACUUUUUGCUACAGAAAUUUCAAUUACCAACCUCCAAAAUGUGCAUGGUGGGUGAUAGGCUGGACACUGAUAUUUUAUUUGGACAAAAUGCUGGUUGCAAAACCCUCCUUGUUUUUACAGGUGUGACCACUUUGUCUGAUCUUCAAGAUCCUUUGAACAACAUCCACCCAGAUUAUUACACUUCUAAAGUGUCUGACAUUUUUGAAUUAUUGGGACAAUGAACCCAUUGCUAUUUUUGAUAUAUUGUCAUCCGAAAUUUCCAUCAAUUUGUUUAAUUGAAAUCUUAAUUACAUUGCACAAAUCCGAUGCUGGUGUUGAUGCACUCAUUAUCUUUUCUUUUCCUUAUUGAAUAUGUGUAUUCUCUUCACUGCCACAUCUGCUUUUGCACCAAUUAGUUGUUAUGAGUCCUGUCAACUAUGAUUCCACAUGAAAUAUUAUGAACUCCAUUUCUAUCUA